AUGGCUUCGUCCGAGGUAGACCGCAAAUUUCUCGGCAAUUUGGCAAAACAAGUCGAACCGAACAAUGCACUCCUUGCAUCUAUGCUAUUCAAGAUAUUAGGUCUACAUAUCAACUUGACGGAGCAGACGGCGAAAGCACGAAAGCAGCGCAAACUGGAUACGUCGCGGACGUCAGAAUCACUCGAGUUGUAUUUCCACAUAGUAUGGCUUGCACGGGAAGGUCUUAUCAUGCUCGAACAAUAUGUACUUCCGAUGGUUGGAGAUCACGGAGAGCUCAAGGUACUUGCGUUCAAGCUUCGAGCUUCAUUCUACCACAUCUUUGUGCUUUUUCAUAACAACCCCUCCAUAUCUACGAUGGGCGUCAACACUUCAAUCCCAGGUAUUCCACCAACAUCUCGACUUGAUAAAGGUAAAGGGGUCGAGAGACACGACACUAUCUCUGAGUCAGGUCGAUCAUCCGUACAGCCGACGCACCCACUAGAGGGAGGUCCUGUAGGACCUCCACCGGGUUUUGGACCAAAGCUUCCCGAACCAGCUGGAGCAUUUCUGCUGCCGUCAGUAGACUAUAGGCCUACGGCUCACGAGUACUUCAAGCAAGCCAUAGCCCUAGCCGAUAAUCUUCUAUGGGGAUCGCACUCUUUGCGACUGUCUGUUAAGACUGAGUAUGCGGCUUUUCUAUACGAGUGCUUACACGACGAGGCAGGCAGCCGCAAGUUAGCAAAGGAUACCAUUGCGGAAGUCUAUGAUGCCUCAGAAGGCAUGGACGACGACAUGUUUCAAGAUGCAUGUGAUCUCGUCACUGUUUUAGGGAAAAUGACGAAACGUGGCUUAGAGCCAGAUAAUCCACCUCGGAGUAGUGGGCCGAACACAGGCCCUUCGACUACCUCAAGGUCAGGGCCUCCGGCAAUACCUGUUCCCGCCCCUAUUCCUGGGGCUGGCAUGGGCAAUUUCAUAUGA